AUGAGAUGUACUGAAACGAAACCAUACUUGAGUAUAUUUGGAGCGGUGAAAUGGGGAUGUUUGUGGAACGGACUUACUGCCCAAGCAUCUGAGAUUGCCGAAAGUGCUUUGCCAGGCGAUAAGACAUUCCAAAAUGACAGUGCACCUGGAAAUAAUGGGAAUUUGCACCUUGUUGUUCGAAUGGACGCCGUCGAGAUCAUACACAUAACCGUUUCUGCAAGGGCGUUGGGCAAACUUUCGCCCCGAAGGUUGGUCGCAAUUGAAGCACAAAGAGGUGGGAGGGGUGAGGUAUACCUCGUGGACCUUGGUGGGGAGAUGAGAGGGCCGCUGGAUCGAUUUGCGAGAAGCGAAGCCAUGGAAAGGUGGUAUUCCAUAAAGUUUCGUAUUCAGUCAGUUCGAACGGGAGAUUCAAUGCCAGCUUUAGGAACGGAAGCAUUCGGGUAUCAGUCGAAGUAA